UGUAACUGCCUCCUAGCUUCCACCUUAUCUGUGGCCUCGGUUGUGACGUCAUCCUGGUCAGCGUAAAUAAUUGGUUGAGGCCUUCAGGACAGGUAGUUCAGUUUAGUGGGAGACUGUUCUUGAGCCUUUUGUAAGUAAAACAGCUGGGAUUUUGUCGCUGAGAGGAAAUAUGACACUUCAAUUUAAUACAUAGCAUUUUGCCCUUAAAUGACGAAAUAAUUAAUUUUGGGGAAGGAAAAAUAAAAACACUAGUAGGUGCGUGCCAUGUUGUUUCUCCUGUCGAUACUCGCUCAGCUGCUGAGCGGUGGACAUCUGGCCUGCAUGAGGAGCCCACUCUCCCAACCCCAAGACGAGGACGUGUUCGUGGAUGAGGGGAACGCAAAGCUGUUCCUGGGUCGCCACCUGCUGUUGAAUCGGUUUGACUUUGAGAUUUUCGUGCCCGGUAAUUUGGAGAGGGAAUGCUACGAGGAGGUCUGCAAUUACGAGGAGGCGAGGGAGGUCUUUGAGAACGUCCCAGCUACAAAUGAUUUCUGGAAAACAUACAUAGAAGGUGGAGGCUCAAAUCAGCCUAAAGUUGAUGUGACGGCUCUCUUGGUGGCAUUAAUUUCCACCGCGGUAGCUGUGGUUGUCAUCGGCCUUUUAACCUGGUUUUUCUGCCAUAAGAAAUACAAAGGGGGCUUAAGCAGUACCAGUUCCAUGCGAGCGAGGCCCAGGAGGAGUAAUGUAUCUCUAAUAAUGCGACGACUAGAGGAGGUGGCUCUGGAACCUGGGGUUCCUCCACCAUCCACACACCCCACUGAAAUGGAAGACGCUUCAGGCCUCCCCUCAUAUGAACAGGCAAUUGCGAGAAGUGGCCAGCAUGAUGCCCCGCCUCCUCCAUAUCCUGGAUCAAGACCUGGGACUCUUCGACGGUAGUAUCUUCUGUCAGGACCGUAAUAAAUCGGCAUUGAAUGAACAGUUUGUCAGAAUUUAGUCCACGUUGUAUCCAUCUUUUAAUCGUCAGGAUUGCAAUUGUGCCUUAUAUUUGUUCUUUUGUUAAAGCUGUUUUGUUUUUCUUCUUGCAAACAAUGAAGCACAAACGUAUUCCAAUAUUUAUCAAAACAAUAUGGUUAAUUUUUGUUUCAACUGUUCUAAGUUUAUAACAAUGACUUAAAGAAGUUAACAGAUGUGGUUGGAACCUGUGCUAGAUAUAUUUGUCAAUUUCUCUGACUAUUUCAGUUUUUUUUAGCCUGUCUAAAUAAUAUUCACAAUGUCUGUAUAACUUAAUUAGUAACAAAAUCUGACUAAAAUCUGAAAAUGACCAUUUCUGUGACUAUCCUACAGUAUGUCUUCAUUGGGAUAUAUUGGUAAGCUGUAAUGAAUCUGUGAGGGACUUCAAUCUGGGCAGUUUAGUAAAAAGUUUGGAUGCAUGUAUCAAACUGUUGAAACAUUCCGUUUCUGAAGGUCUGGUUCUUCAAAAAGCUGCAAGUUUUAUCAGCAUUGUUUUCAUCUAGAAAUAUUUCACAAGUGAAAAAAAAAAAAACAGGAAAAUAUUAUUGGCAUUAACUUGUGGCUGAGACUGAAUCCAGGUUUUAAUGCAAACAAGGUUAUGUAGCAGAUAAGAUUAUUUAAUUCAAAGAUAAUGGUAGUUAAUAAAGAUGACUUUAUUUGCAAGUGAUUAACUGAACACAUUUUUGUUUCUAUGUUUGGUAUUCUAUCACGGCAAAAACACAUUUUAUUGUACUUUUACUCUUUUUGCGUGUGUUUAAUUUCAUCAUCGUACUGGUUUGCUGCUUUUGUCUCAAUGAAAAUGAAGGAGCCAUUAUUUUGAGUUGUCGGCUGCUAGAAUACACUCGGAGUAGCAUAUUUGUUUGAGAAACACUGUAAAGUAACACUCAGGGAGAAUUAAUUAUUGUAUGUUAUCGUCUGGACUUUAUACAUGAACUAUGUGUGGGUGUUUCAAAGACUUUUUCUUCAACAUUUGUCUUUCAGAGAAUCUUUGUUAACUUUAAUGUACAAACUUCACUAAAAAUUUUACAGUAAUGUUUGUGCCAAAUGUUUUACAGUCACAGCCAAUGGAAACUUUAAGAAUAUAUAAAAUAAUGAUUUGAUUUUCUACCUAUUAUGUCAAUGAAAGUACCACAAUCUGAACAAAAAGCUGGAAAUUGUAAUAAUUUCAUUGCUGUUAUAGAAAUACAGAGAUUGGUAAAUUUAAGUACUCUUCCUUAUUGACCAACCACUGUGUGGCUUCAUGUAACCAAAACCCCCUGAUCUUUGUGUCAAAGUUUUAUUACUUUCUUGAACUCAAAAAUAAACUUUCUUUCUUCAUCUGUAAAACUGAGCUCAAGUUUAGGACGCCUGGUAAAAUGUGUUCAUUUUGUUCAAACAGAAUUAUUCUAAAAGGAUUAUAUUUAACAUUGAAUAAACAAGAAUAUCCUAA